AUGUUUGUGACUAGCUUCCAACUGCAACCAAAGGGUAAAGGAUCGUUCCUGGCGCGCUCGGCUGGCUCGCGGAGUAGCCUCUCGCAUUGUGGCAACUCGGGAGGCACUGUAGCGAAGCUAGAGAACGCCGCAUUGGACAGAAGGCAGUUGUUACAGGGGCUUUUGGUCGCGGCGGUUGCCGUGUUCGCAGGGAAGGCGCAGCCAGCUCAUUCAGGCAGUGAGCCUAAAAUGAGUUUCUUCGGAGCGGACGCGCCAUCUAGCCCGUUUAGUUACAACGAGUCGCAGAAGGAGCCUCUUUUCAAGGGAAUCACCCCCGAGCUCCUCGAGGAAUACCGGCUUGCAAUCAGCGAGGCAAAGAAGCGAAUCGAAGACUCGGGUGAAGCGAUAUCGACGAAAUCGUGGGAAGACGUGCGAAGUGCGCUAAGACUUGCGCUUGGAACCUUGCGGAGCGUCUGCAGCAAAGUAAACGCUUAUGCAGCGGCCGAGGCGACGAAGCAGGAGAAGAAGAAGAUAGAGAAAGCGUAUCGUGACUUCUUGAAAACAAUCGAGGAUAUGGACUAUGCAGCUCGUAUGAAAGACCCGGAUCGUGCAGAACGGCUUCGUACCGCGAGUAUUGCUGCGCUCGAUAAUUGGAUGUCCACUGUUGGCAUCUAA